AUGGCUGGCAGCUCCCGGCGGCAGCGGGGCGGCGGCGGCGGCGGCCGGGGAGCGCCGAGCAUCCAGUGCCGCCCCGCCGCCCGGCCCCAUGGGGCCGCUGCCCCCCCGCCCGGCCGCCACCCCUGCUCGCUGCCCCCCGCCCCGGCGGUCCGCAGCCCCCGGCCCGCGCUCACCGCUCGGCGCGCCCCUUCCUGGCCGCUCUGCUCGGCUCGGCGCUGCUCGACGUGCCCGCUUCGACGCCGGCUCCGCCCGCACCGCGCUCAGCGGAGCUCGUCUCUCCCCGCUCCUCUCACUUCGCUCCCCGCUCCCCGGGCCGGCCCCCGCCGCCCUCUGAGCAUGCUCGCUACCGGGGACUCCCCGUCCGGUCCGGCGGAGGACGGAGUGGGAAAGCGAGUCCUAAAGCGUAUACGGGUCGUCAGUGCAGAUGUGGUCUCGUUGAGCGCGGUCCCACCGAAGGGAACGGGAAAACGUGACCCAGUCGUGGGGCUGGCGGGGCUGGAAGGGGCCGUGGAGGGAGGGCUGGGCGGGUUUCUCCGGGCGUCCGAUGUUUGGCACAGGGAAAGAAGCCGGCAAAGGACUCCCGAGUUUCGUUCGUCGCGGCUCUUCCGUGGGAUGCAUCGUUCGUCUCCGCAGGGCACGGCGCAGCCAGCAAACGGACCCUCAGCAAGAAAGAAGCAGACACGGUGCGAUUGGACUCACCGUGAACUGGGCUACAGAAGGUGCAAAUAAUACAGCAAGAGAUCACAUGUUGAACUACUAAUGAUCGGAAGAUUUUGAAGCAACAUGAAGAGAAGAAGAAGGUAUAUUGAUUUGU